AUGACUGCCAAUUCGUUCGAAGGACCUACCAAUCCUGUUCCCCUGCCCCCCUCUACUCCCAAUACCGACAUGGAAGACGAUAUCCCAAACGUGGUGGGUGACGUUUCCAUGCCCAUCGCCAUCAUUGGUAUGGGGUUCCGUGGACCAGCAGAUGCCACAGACGUCGAAAGGCUCUGGAGAAUGAUCGUCGAAGGUCGAGAAGCAUGGAGUCCGAUUCCCGAAUCGCGGUGGAAUAGUGGUGCAUUCUAUCACCCAGACCAUGCGAGACAUGGCACGGUGAAUGUUCAGGGGGGCCAUUUCCUCGCCGAGGAUGUGUCUCUUUUCGAUGCACCUUUUUUCAACAUGACAAGUGACGAGGCAGCGGCGAUGGAUCCCCAGCAGCGGCUGCUGCUUGAGGUAACAUACGAAGGACUAGAGAACGCUGGUUUACCCUUAUCGAAAAUCAUGGGAAGUCAAACAUCCUGUUUCGUCGGAUCCUUCAACGCAGAUUACACAGAUCUCCUGCUGCGUGACCCUGAUGCUAUUCCCAUGUAUCAAUGUACCAACGCCGGUCAAUCGCGGGCCAUGAUGUCGAAUCGAGUAUCGUACUUUUUCGAUUUGAAAGGUCCCAGUGUUACAGUGGACACAGCGUGCUCAGGGAGUCUUGUAGCGCUGCACCUUGCGUGUCAAACUCUGCGGACCGGUGACGCUCAGAUGGCCAUUGCGGCAGGAGUGAACGUGAUCCUCAGUCACGAGUUCAUGUCCACCAUGACUAUGAUGAAAUUCCUGUCGCCAGAUGGACGCUGCCACACUUUCGACGAGAAGGCCAAUGGAUAUGCUCGCGGGGAAGGAAUCGGCUGCUUGAUCCUGAAACCGUUGAAAGAUGCUAUCCGCGACAAGGAUACCAUCCGAGCUGUCAUUCGAGGUUCCGGGUCAAAUCAGGAUGGAAGGACGCCAGGAAUCACUCUACCAAACGGCGCGUCGCAGGAGGCACUGAUCCGUCAUGUGUAUGCUAUGGCAGGUCUCGAACCCCACGAAACGGAUUUCGUUGAGACACACGGCACGGGAACUCAGGCAGGCGAUCCCAUUGAGACAGGGGCGUUGACAAAAGUGUUCUGUCCGAAGAGAAGCCCGGAGCAACCAUUGCGCGUGGGAUCGAUCAAAACAAACGUGGGACACUUGGAGGGAACAAGUGGGGUGGCUGGAGUCAUCAAGGCAGUGUUGAUGCUCGAAAAUCGCACAUUUCUGCACAACCGCAACUUCUCGUCACUAAAUCCUCGCAUUCUGCUGGAUGAAUGGAAGCUCAAGAUACAACUCCACCCAGAAGCCUGGGAAAGCACAAGACCUCGUCGUGUCUCGGUCAACAGCUUCGGAUAUGGCGGGAGCAAUGCACACGUUAUCGUCGAGGACGCGGAAGGAUACCUAUUAUUGCAUGGCCUCCAGGCUCUUGUUGGCAAGCAACCUACACUUUACGUCGAGAAACCCGCAGAGUCGAAAAGCAAUGGCACCUGUGCCCAUCCGACACAGCCCAUCCGCACCCGGCUCUUUAUUCUAUCUGCUUUUGACGAAUAUUCCCUCACUAAACAGUUAGAAAAUCUGGAGAGCUACCUACUCGCGAGGUGUAAGAUAGCUGAUGAUCGAUACUUGAAUAAUUUGGCAUACACACUGAACCGACGACGUACCACCCUGAUGUGCCGAGCAGCAAUCAUCGGUGAUGAUGCUAUGAGUAUCUCGGAAGCUCUCAAAGCCAAUCUCAAGAUAAGGAAGGCCACUAAGAAGCCUGUGGUUGGUUUCGUCUUCACCGGUCAGGGAGCACAGUGGUGUGGUAUGGGAAGAGAGCUUCUGCGUGCCUACCCUGUUUUUCGGCAGUCGAUGGAGCGUAUUGAUGCCCAUAUUACUCAAAUUGGCUCAUCAUUUUCUGUCAUAGAUGAAAUCCUAGAGAAUCAGGACGCUUCGCGACUAAAUCAGCCGCUUCAUAGCCAAACAAUAUGCACUGCUUUACAAAUCGCUCUCGUGGACCUCCUCGGAUCGUGGGAUAUACACCCAGAGUCAGUCACCGGACAUUCCAGUGGUGAGAUUGCCGCUGCGUACGCCAUCGGAGCAUUGGGCCUAGAGGACGCAAUGUCAGCGGCAUACUACAGAGGGAUUGCUGCCAGCAGACUGUCACAGAACGAGGAGGUGAGAGGAGCCAUGCUCGCUGUGGGAAUGCCUUCAGACAGUAUCCAGCCAUUCUUGGACUCGUUAAAGACAGGUAAAGCUGUUGUGGCGUGCAUCAACAGUCCCACCAGUGUGACUGUCUCCGGAGAUGUGACAGCUAUUGGAGAGCUUGAAGGAGUACUUCGUGAGAGGGAAAUCUUUCACCGACGUUUGAUGGUCAAUGUUGCCUAUCAUUCCCACCAUAUGGAGCUGGUCGGGGGCGAAUACCUUGGAUUGAUUUCAAAUAUCACACCACAAGCCGGCGAUCAAGUGCAGCAGAGUCGAAAUAGGGUGGUCUCUUUCUUCUCUUCCGUGACGGGAGGAGAAGUUCAAGCCUCAGAUUUGGGUUCACAGUAUUGGACCCGGAAUUUAUUAGGUCAAGUGAAGUUCGUGGAAUCCGUCAGGGCACUGUGCUACGGAACAAAUAACACUACUAGACGUACCAAGCGAGUAGGAGGCAUGCGCAAAGUGGGCGUGGAUGUUCUACUCGAAGUUGGCCCCCAUGCGGCGCUAUCUGGGCCAAUUCGACAGAUCCUCAAGGAGGACAGCAAGCUGGAUGCGGCCGGAGUACAAUGUAUCAGUAUCCUCACCCGCAAGUCAAAUUCAGUCACAACAGCCCUGGAAGCGGCAGGAACUCUUGCAUGCCUGGGGUAUCAGGUUAACUUCGAAGCAAUCAACGACCCUUUGCAAAAUAUUGGAGACCCCCAGGUGCUUAUCGACCUCCCGUGCUAUGUGUGGAACCACAAUAGAUCAUAUUGGGCAGAGGCUCGCAUGAGCAAGGCAUACAGACAGCGCAAAAACCCACGAACAGAUCUGCUGGGAGUUAUCGACCGAAUGUCAUGUCCGUUUGAGCCUCGCUGGAGGAACCAUCUGCGUGUCUCUGAACUUCCGUGGCUCAGAGACCACAAGAUUCAGUCGAACAUAGUCUACCCUGCAGCAGGGUAUAUUUCGAUGGCUAUCGAGGCUGUAAAUCAACAUAUCUCAGACCCUGAGCCUCAUCUCAACAUUUCGGGCUUCGUCCUCCAGGACGUCUCUAUACAAGCAGCAUUGGUCAUCCAUGAAGGCUCAUCUAUUGAGGUGAUGAUCUCACUGAAAGCAUGUCAGAGUGCCAUGUCUAGCGCAGACCAGCUAUUCGGGUUCCGCGUAUACUCGGUCUCUGGUGAAAAUCGCUGGACGGAGCAUUGUCAUGGGCUGAUUGGCGCUCAUACUACAUCCGUUUAUCCUGAUUUUGAAGUCCCUCCACCCCAGCCCUCGAAAACCACCGACUUCUCCAUCAUAGACAUGCCGGACUUUUACGAGAGACUUGCCACUAUUGGUCUUGAAUACGGACCCUGCUUCACGAAUUUGACGCAUGCUCAUUGUGUGGACAACAUAUGCUUAGCGGAGGUCAUAAUCCCCGAUACAGCGGCCGUUAUGCCAAUGAGUUUCCAGUAUCCCUUUGUGGUUCAUCCAUGUGUCCUGGACAGUAUCUUUCAUUCCAUCUUUGUUCAUAUGAAAAACGAUGAUGACCCAGCAAUUCCUAUCCACAUAGAUGAGUUAUUUGUUUCACGCGGUGUGGAGCGUGAACCAGGCGCCAAAAUGCAUGUCAACACGGAGAUCGAGAGGCGAACGAGGGACGGUAUCUUGGCUUCCAUCACUGUAUCUGGUCGUGAUGAUUCCCUGGCUAUUCGAGUCAAGGGCCUACAGUGCAAGAGUCUUGCGAAUGGCUCUUUAAAAAAUACCGGAAAGUCAAUGGAUCGCAUUGGUUACAUGGUGACUUGGAAACCGGACCCAGAUCUACUUUCGAACAACGAGCUUUUUUCAUUCCUCAAGGAGAUCAACGCCCGCCCUGAGAAUAACUGCAGCGAUAGAUCUUUGUUGGAAAGCUGCGCCUCCUAUUUUGUUCACAAAGCCGUCGAGUACCUGGACAAGAGUGGCGAGUUACAGGCCCACCGAAGACGACAGCUCGACUUCAUGCUCAGCAGAGCCGAGAAGAAUCAGUUGGACAUGCAAUUCGAUACGAUCAAUCCAAAUCUGGACUAUGUAAGUGCAUCUGGAGCAGAAGGGAGGCUCCUUUGCGCAUUGGGUGAAAUUUUGCCCGCGACAAUGCGAGAUCAAGAUCCCGCUCCAAGUCCGAUAGACCCCUCAAUCUGGAGCGCAUACUGGGAUGCUGUCCGCUCCGACCCAGUUUAUGACAAAGUAGCAAGAUAUCUCGAGCUAAUCAGCCAUAAGAACCCGAUGAUCUCGAUUCUCGAGGUGGAGGGUACGAUUGGCGAGGCUUCAUUGAGUUUCAUUGAGCGCAUGAUGGGAAUCGCUGGGCAAGCUCCUGGUUGCAGCGAGUAUACCUUGACGCAUCCCAACCUUUCGAUUCCCGAGACACACAGCCAAAGGCUAUCUGACAUGAGCCAAUGGCUGAGCUUGAAGAGGCUUGAUGUCGAACAGACUCUAGAGACGCAAGGUUUCGACAAGUAUCAGUAUGAUGUCGUUCUUGUGCCGUAUGGUCUUUAUAUGGCUCGCUCAAAACGGCAAGCGCUAAGAAAUCUUCGUGACCUUCUCAAACCACAAGGGCAGCUUAUUAUUGUCGAUCCUGUAUCCCAGUCUGACGGCCUGGUUAAUUCUUUGAUCUUCGCCGGUUUCUCAGCCUGCUGGUCAGGGGACCAAUUUGGAACUUCACAGGAUGAUUGGAAGAAAGCCAUCUUGGAGGCUGGCUUCUCUGAUUUGAAGGACUUCAGUAACUCGUCAGAAGGACCUUUACUCAUGGUCACACACCCACUCCAAGUGCAUCCGCGAUCGAAACCAGACAUCCUGAUUAUUUCAGAGGAGGAUGAGAAUGGCGUCGACGUGCUUGCGCUUCAGAAACAUCUCAGUUCAAUAUCUUCCACCAUCGAGAUCACCAACUUCGCUCAUGCUGAGCCAGAAGAACGACUCUGCGUUCUUCUAAGCGGUCUAACAUCACCACUGAUGACGAAUUUGGACAAAAGAGGACUGGAGAUACUCCAGCAAAUUCUCCUGCGAGCAACAGGUGUCUUGUGGGUAACUCGAGGUUCAACAAUGAAUGCCAUGGAUCCGAACGGUGCUAUCACAACAGGAUUCGCACGCACAGCACGCUCUGAGUCCGGAAUUGAACGCAUAGUCACUCUGGAUUUGGAUGGGCAGAAUCCACUAUCCAGCGAUCGCGCUGCUGACAUCAUUUAUACGAUCGUCCAUGAAUGCAUUAUCGGCGGAAACGACAGAGUUGAUAUGGAGUAUGCUGAACGAGACGGCGUGCUUCUUAUCCCCCGAGUCGUCGAGAAUAAGACCUUUAAUGAAUCUUUCGCAUCAUCGCGCGAGAGCAAGACUAUAUCGUAUGAGAAUUUCCAUCAGACAAGCAAGCCAAUCAAAGCAAUGAUUCCAGAAACAGCCGAUGCAGAUUCAUUCUGCUUCGAGGAAGACUCCAGCAUCGCCCAUCUUCCGACAGACUAUGUCCGUAUACAAGUCCACGCAACCUGCGUAGACAAACAGAACGCUCAAGCCCUGAAAGGUUUGGGUAUUUCAUCAACAGAAGCAUCUGGCUGCGGUAUCAGUGGGGUUGUUGAAAAAGUAGGACAGUCGGUCCAUGGGUUCCUCCCUGGUGAUCGAGUGGCCUGCUUCGGAUUUGAGACAGUCGCCAGUUAUCAUCAAGACGCGGCGUCGGCAUUUCAGAAAUUACCUUCAAAUAUGUCGGUUGAGUCAGCAGCGGCUCUGCCUGUGAGCUACUGUACUGCUCUCUAUGCCACUCAGUAUCUUGCGCGAGCUGGCUCUGCAGCUAGAAUAUUGAUAUAUGGAGCUGCACGGGCAAACAGACAGGCAUUCGCAGAGUUGUGUCAACACAUAGGAGCCAAUGCAUUCUUCCUCGUCCGAUCCGAGGCUGAGAAGAACUUCAUAAUAUCAGAAGAUAUUAUAGAUUGUGACCAAAUCGUCGAUAUUCGAGAUCUCACUUAUGUGCCAAGCUGCGGGCGAGCAGCGAAAGGCAAAGACUUCGACGUGAUUAUCAGUUGUGUGAGUCCAGACAAUGGGACCCUGCGUCUUUUGUGGAAAUCUAUUGCCACAUCUGGCACAUUCAUACAGCUUUGCAAUCAUGGUGACUCCGAGAAACGAACAUGGACUAUCCCACGUGUUAGCAGUGAUGUGACAUUUGCCACUUUCGACAUUCAUCAACUAUGGCGGGACAAGCCAGUGCUGCUACAUAAGAUAUGGAGUGAGGCAAUGCGCCUGUUCAACGAAGGACGCAUCCCUGUACCGAAGGCUAGUGCAGUGCAUCGCGUCUCAGAUAUGAUGGAGGCUUUGACAAAGCUGGAAUCCGAUGAGGAUAUGGAUUUAAUUACUCUUACAGCUCAACCAGGGGACGUUGUGAAGGUGGUCACACCCAAGCUACAGGGCAAACUCUUUCAACCAGAUGUAUCCUACAUGUUAGUCGGUGGCUUGGGAGGGAUUGGGCGCGCAACAGCCCUCUGGAUGUCGGACAAUGGGGCUCGAACGUUGAUCUUCGUCAACAGAAGUGGGCUGACAACCGUUGCAUCCCAAGGGACAGCGAAGGAGCUGGAAGAAAAUGGAACCCGAGUGAUAGUUCAUGCCUGCGAUAUUUCCGACAGCACCCAAGUCGAAAAUAUGCUCAACGAACUUGCACACAACGCUCCUCCUAUCCGAGGAGUCAUCCAAGCCGCGAUGGUCCUUCGGGAUAUCCAUAUCGAGAAAAUGACCAUCGAAGAUUACCACGCCGCACUGCAGCCCAAGCACGCCGGUACCUGGAACCUGCACCGGUACCUGCCCUCCGAGCUCGACUGGUUCAUAAUGCUCUCCUCCAUCAGCGGCAUCAUCGGCAACGCCACGCAAGCCGCCUACGCCGCCGGCUCAACCUUCCUAGACGCAUUCGCCGCGUACCGCAACGCCCUCGGCCAGCCCGCAGUAUCCCUCGAUCUAGGCGCAAUAACCGACGCAGGAUACCUAGCCGAUAACCGCGAGCUCGCGAGCAAGAUGGCGCAGCAGGGCUUCCACGGGACCGACACCGCGACACUCAUGUCCAUCAUCGAGACGGCGAUCCGGACGCCCUUCGCCGCAGGCGCAAGUCCGCAGGUGAUCACCGGCCUGGGCCACUGGAAAGCCGGCCAGUCGCUGAGCAACUUCGAUGCCCCGCUGUUUGCGCACUUCCGGCGCCAGUUCCAGGAGAGAGGCGGAGGAGAGCAUGCUGAGGAAUUGAGCGGGAAGUUGCGUGAGAGUCUUCGCGAGAUCAAGAGCUUGGAAGAAGCGUCGGGGAUCAUAUACACUGCAUUGAGUGAGAGGAUCGCGUCUCACUUGUCUAUGCUGGUGGAGAGUAUCAGUCCUUCGAACGCGAUCACGGAGUAUGGCAUCGACUCCCACAUGGCGGUGGAGUUGAGGAACUGGGUUGCGAAGAAUAUGGAGAGUACUGUACCGAUUCUGGAUAUCCUGGCAAGUAGCACGUUGUUGGACCUGGCGGGUAAGAUUGCGUCAAAGUCUAAUUUGGUGAAUCUGGAGGAGUAG